AUGCCGUCCCCUCUCGCAGACCCUGUCAAGCUGCCAUGUGGACUUGUCUUCCCGAACAGACUGAGCAAGGCAGCCAUGGCUGAGCUAAUGGCCAAAAAAAACCAUCCAACAGACCCCCUUCUCGACGCCUACACCCGAUGGUCAGAGGGUGGAUGGGGUAGUAUCCUAACAGGAAACGUCCAAGUCGACGUAAACCAUAUGGGCAGCCCCUUCGACCCAGCCCUGCAUAACGAAUACAAAGGCCCAGAAAGCAACAGCAGCCUAGUAUCCGAAUGGAAGAAAUACGCAGAUGCAACCCAGAAACACGGCACACCGGCUAUAGUACAAAUCUGCCAUCCAGGACGCCAAUCCUUCCGCGUGGCCGGGUACCGCGGUAUGUUUGCGCAGACUCUUGCGCCGUCUGCUGUGCCUGUCAAGGUUGGUGACGGGCUACUUGAGAGAUUUGUUGGUUGUUUGGCUUGGUCACAGCCUAAGGAGAUGACCCAUGCCGAUAUUGAGAGGGUUAUUAGCCAGUUUGUUGACACUGCACGGCUUAUGGCUGAUGCUGGGUUCUCCGGGGUUGAGUUGCAUGGUGCGCAUGGGUAUUUGAUUGAUCAAUUCCUUAACCCCAAGACAAAUCUCAGAACAGAUACCUACGGCGGAACCCCCGAAAAACGCGCCAAAUUCGUCCUAGACAUUCUAGCCGAAACCCGCAAAGUCGUGCCCUCAACAUUCUGCAUCGGCAUAAAACUCAAUUCAGCCGAUCACAGCUCCACAACCUUCGAGGAAACAAUGACCCAAAUCGCCCUCCUGACAGAAGCCGGGAUCGACUUUAUGGAAAUUAGUGGCGGAUCCUAUGAAGAUCCCAAGAUGAUGGGAUACGCUAAGACAGAUGCAUCAGCAACAACCGAAAAGCCUAAAUCCAAACGCACGGCUGCGCGCGAGGCUUUCUUCCUUGAAUUCUCUAAGGAGGUCCGGAAUCGCCAUCCCGGUUUGGUGCUUAUGUUGACUGGUGGGUUCCGGACUCGGGCUGGUGCUGAGUCUGCUAUUCUUGAUGGGGCUUGUGAUCUAGUUGGCAUUGGGCGGCCUGCUGCUAUUGACCCUAAGUUCCCGUUGCUUUUGUUAGAUGAGAGUGUUGCUGAGGGGGAUGCUAAGAUGCCGUUAAAUAAGGCGCCUGUCCCUUGGUAUACGCGCUUUUUGCCAUUGCAUCUUGUUGGGGCUGGGGCUGAGAGUACUUACUAUGCUGGUCAGAUUCAACGUCUGGCCAAGGGGAUUGCUACUAUGGUGCCGUCUUUGUAG